CCCAAAGUCAUGGGAAGCCACGAAAGAGUAGCGCUUCCGCUACAAUUCAUCAUCGUCGGAGGCGGGAUCGGCGGACUCGCGUGCGCGUACGCCCUCCAGAAAGUCGGGCACCAGGUCGUCGUACUCGAGCAGAGCGAUGGCCAAUUUCAGAGCAAACGCGGUAUUCGAUGUCCCCCGAAUAUGACACGCCCGCUGUACGAGUGGGGACUGGGACCUGCGCUCGAGAGCGCCGCCGUAAAGGCCUCUGGCAUCUCGUUCAUCGUAGGGGAGACCGGCGAAAAGAUCGGCAUGACGGUCUUCCAUGAAGAAAUCAUGAAGGCUUUCCGCGCAGACUUCCUCUUCGUCCAGCACGGUGACAUCCACGCCAUGCUUCAGGACCUCGCGCUCUCCACAGGCGUCGAGAUCCAGUACAACGCCACCGUGGUCGACAUCGACCCGUACGGCGGCGUCCCUCCCUUGACGAUCGGCCGCGCGCGCUCGCCCGCGGUGACGGGGGAUGUCAUCCUGGGCACGGAUGGCCGGGACAGCUUGGUGAGGAAGACGGUGGUGGGUCAUGGGGUCCGGGAGGGCGGGCUCCGGUCUUUCUUUUACCUGAGCACAAUGGUUCUCUUCUCGUGGUUUUACCACGCUCGAGGUCUUCUUCGGGAAUUCGAAGCUGACGAGGGUGAACUGCAGUGGACGAUAUGGAUGGGCGACGGAUACGGCGUGUACGGGUACCUCACAGACGACAAGAAGACGUACUCGCUCGUCAUGAUCUGGCCCGAGUCGCCGAAGGACAAGCUGUCCGCGGAGUCCGCGUCGUGGCACAAGGAGCAUCCGGUCGAAGAUAUCGAUUGGGAUAGCAGAGGGAUGGAAGUGCGGCUACGAAAGCUGAUCAAUCUCGCAAAGACGUUCACGUGCGCGCAGGAUAGCGUGCGGGAGCCGAUCGACAGCUGGAUGCACGAGAGCGGGAGGGUCGUGCUCGCAGGUGAUGCCGCACAUCCACUGCUGCCCACGGGCUCGCAUCACGUCGCGAUGGCGAUCGAGGACGCCGUGACGCUGGCGCACCUCCUGUCGCACGCGAUCCUGCCGUCCAACAUCCCGCUGCUGCUGACGACGUACGAGGAGCUGCGGCAGCUGCGCACGCACCUGGUGCAGGUGUCCGAGUCGCGCAAGCGCGCGUUCGCGUCGUUCCCGCACGGGCCCGAGCAGGCGACGCGCGACCGCGGGCUGCGCGAGGCGAUGCGGGAGGCGCUGCUCGACUGGAAGCACGCGGACGAGGACUAUCUGCGCGAGGAGUGGAAGGAGUACGUGGAGCUGUUCAAUUACGACGCGCGUGAGGCCGUCGAGGAUUGGUGGACAAAGUGGGGCGCGCUGGUGCGGAGGGGCUUGAGGUAUAGCUUGAGCAAUGGGACGGGGACGAGCGGGAGCGCGUUCAGCGAUGGGGACGUGGAUACGAGCGGCGAGUGGGACUUUCCCGAGGUCGGGGUGAAGAGCCCACAGGUGAGCGUGAGCAUUUCGAGUAUAUCGGCGGAUGGAUCGGAGAUUGUGCAGUGCGUGGUGUAGAUGCUGUGGACGGAGUGGCUGGCUGUAUUGUUAUCGUUAUGUGUUAUGGCUCUCCCCGCUUUCUUGGCUUGUACGUACUGUAUAUACACUAUCAUCUCGCUUGUUGUCGCGCUGUGUAAA